CAGGCGCAAAGGCCCUCCUGAGUACCUAGGGCAGUUAGGUAGGUAGGUAGUUUAGCUGUGGGUUUCCAGCACGUAGAAAUUCACCACGCGUCGCACUCAACAGCUGCUCCUCCAGACACCAGUCAAACCGCCGGCGUAGACAGCAAAUAAAUGAAGCUCAUCAUUGCGGGCGCCUCCGGCUUUGUGGCCGCCGAAGUCCUCCGCCAGAGCCUGCGGCUCCGCGAGACGACGACGGUGGUGGCGCUCGCGCGAAAGCCCGUGGCGGCUCCCGAAGGCACCAGCGCCGCCCACGCCGCCAAGCUCCGGAGCGUCGUGCUCGACGACUACGAAAGUUACCCGGACCAUGUGCGGCGUGAGUUUGCCGGCGCUGACGCCUGUAUAUGGACUGUCGCCAUCACGCCGACCAAGUCCAGGACCAUUGCAUUCGACGAGGUGACCCGCAUAUGCCACGCAUGCACAAUGGCAGGGCUCCGCGCCAUGGUCGAAUCCGGCCCGGCCCGGCCCUUCCGCUUCCUCUACGUGAGUGGCCAUUCGUGCGAGCGCGACCAGACCAAGACGCCGUCAUUCUUACCGGCCUAUCUUCUGAUGCGGGGCGAGACGGAGAACCAGGUCCUCUCCUUCGCCGCAUCGCAGCAGCCGCCUGGCUCCGUCGAGGCAUGCGUGGCCAAGCCGGGCCUCGUCACCGGCAAUAGCACCGUCGUGCGCUCGGCGUUGGGCGCGGCGGUGCGCUGGACUAACGUCAUACCCAACGUCGCUGCCGAGGAGUUGGUGGCUGCGAUGCUGCGGCAGGUAGUGCGGGGGUUUGAGAAGGAGCCGUUGCGUAAUGAGGACUUGAGGAGGAUCGGGCAGGAGGCGCUGCGGGAGGGGGUGGAGGAGGAGGGUUGA